AUGGACGACCCUCCACCCGACGAGCCCCAGCCCACCACCCCCACCCCUCCCUCCUGGCGGCGAAGAAUGUCCGGCCCCCACAUCCCCAUCCCCUCUUUUCGCCCCAAUAUCCCCCAUCUCCGUGCGGCCCUCCUGGGCUAUAUCGGCGAGCUCGAAGUCGCCCUCCGCAGCAAGCUCGGCGACCACCAACAAGAACAACUCCGCGCCGCCUCCCUCACUCCCUCCAUGUCCACAGAAGAAUGGGCCGCCUCCGAGAACGACGAGCCGAACGCCUUUACCUCUGCCCUCGCUGGUCCAUCUUCUGGUAUCCGCCAGAGAAACGCCAUAUCCGGCGACGCACCUCCCCUCUCUCCCACCACCUCUGACGGCUAUAUCAACCUACUCAACAACCUCUACACCCUCCGCGAAGAAGCCUCCAAUUUCCUCCCCACUCUUCCCUCUGUCCCCCACGUGCCAAUGCCCCUGUCUAUUCCGAACCGCGAAUGGCUCCGCUCUCUCCCUCUCCGACUAUCCCUCGUCGACCCUGGUCUUACCAGUCCCAAGGGCAAACUCAGAGACGACCUUGGCGAUUCGCAUUCUGUAGAAGGGGCGAGGCAGAGGAUGAUGGAAGUCGCCAGGGCAUUGCUGCCUUCCGAAGACUGGGCAGGGUGGGAGAGGUUGGGCUGGGAAGAGCAAGACGACAGCGAACGCCCUGCCCACCGACGUACUCGCUCAGCCUCUGCAGAGAGAUCAAGGCCGAGGAGGCAGCUGGAAGACGACGACGACGACGAACCGGAAUACCUUUUCCCCAACCGUACCCCUGCCUCCACCCGAGCUCUCGCCCGUCGGCGAGCAGUCCGCUCCAAAUCCGUCGGCGCCACUUCCCUCCCCCCGCUCAACCUUCGAGAGAAACUGCAGAGAUCAAAGAGUGAAGUGUACGCCGGCAAGGUGGGGGCGGUCUCGGAGCCUGGGUCGGGGGAUGAAGACGAAGAUGAUAUUGGGGAUCAUGAGGCAGCCGAGGAUAUUUUGGAUGAGACGGAGCUGGAAGAUACCGAUGGCUUGCCCUUGGCCGAAGGGCUCAUGUUGGGUCCUACGGUCGCUGAAGCUUUAAAGAGAGCCGAGGGAGGGCAAAAGUUGAUCACAUUUGAGGAUCUGCCGCCCGUCUGGCGAAACAAUGAGCAUAUUUGGACGGGAUAUCGCUUCAUACCUCUUCAUCUCAAAACCGGCCCAGUACCUCUUCUCAAGUCGGCUUUUUGGUGGCACAACGAAACCAUCAACAUCCAUUCCCACUCCAUCCCUACCCUCUUCAUCUUCUGUUUCAUCCCUCUCAUCAUCUAUCGCUCCCCUCUUCCUGAUCCCCACUUUCUCGACACGGCCGUCAUCGUCCUCUAUCUUCUCGCUGCUUCCUCAUGUAUGAGUUCCUCCGCAGGCUGGCAUAUCCUGAGCGGGUGCGCUUCCAAAAAGUGGUUCGAAUGGGGCGCCUGUGUCGACUAUAUCGGUAUCUCAUGGCUUAUCGCCGCCAGUUUCGGGACUGUCGUAUAUAACGGCUUCUACUGUUCGCCCAAAGCUACUAUCGUUUAUUGCUCUACCAACCUAUUCUGCGGUGCUCUCGGGUCUUACUUGCCGUUCCAGAGAUGGUUCAACGAGCGUCGUAACAAGCAUCUGAGAAUUUCCUUCUUCCUCUUCCUCUGCUUUUCCAUGUUUGCGCCGAUCGUACACAUGUUUUUCAAACACGGCUGGCACAAAGCAAGCUCCUUCAUCGCUCCAUUCACCUACUCCAUCGCCGCAUAUGUCACUGGCCUUAUAUUCUACGCUUUCCAUUUCCCAGAGUGCAAAUGGCCUGGGAAGUUCGAUACGUUUGGCGCUAGUCAUCAAAUGUGGCACGCCGGCAUCGUCAUCGCCAUCAUCCUCCACUACCGCGCCAUCUUUAUCGUCCACGAUAUCAAACACGAAUAUUCUUGCGCUUUGCCUGGGAAUGAAGUACCGUUGGGGCUGGCUUUGGAGCGGAUGAUUGGCUGGGCUUGA